AACCCCCUUUACUGAGGACCCCAAUGUGUGCAUCUUGGGAACCCCCUUUACUGAGGACCCCAAUGUGUGCAUCUUGGGAACCCCCUUUACUGAGGACCCCAAUGUGUGCAUCGUGGGAACCCCCCAAUACUGAGCCCCAAUGUGUGCCUCCUGAGAAACCCCCCUGUAGUGAGGAAGACCCCCAAUGUGUAUCCUGGAAACUCCCUGUACUUCGGUGGGUACCCCCAGUACUUACGGGACCCUAAUUCCUUUCAUACCAAAAGCUCCCAGGACUAAGUAGGACUAGCAGGACUAAGUUUCUGAGGUUCCCAUAGCAACCAGUCCAAUGUGAUGGGGAAAGACUCCAACCUCUCACCUGGUGCCUCUCUACAUACAGAACUGUACCGCAGAGGGUAGCUUCCUGUUCAGUGCUGUGAUCCCCGUCGAUCGCUCUGGUCGAUAGUGAUUACCUGAUUAUAUAGAAGCAACUGUCGGGAAGCAAGUCUGAAGUCCAAAGAAAAUGAUGGAUGACAGUCCUACCCAUGUAGAGACCAUUGAUGUUUACAUUGAGCCUGAUCCAGAAGAAGAGGAGGAGGAGGAGCUGCAUAGAAGGCCAGUGAAAAAGUCACGUAGGGACGAGGACUUCGUUCCUCUGGAUGAAGAACUGGAAGACGAAAGCCUUCAAGAUGACGACCAAGACAGCGACUACUCUCCCCCUACCCACGGAAGAAACCUGCGAAGACGUAGACAGUAUUACUGCCCGGAAUGUGAAAAGUGCUUCAAGCACAGUGCCUCUCUGGAAGCCCACCGCAAAAUGCACAAAAACGAGAACAACAACGUGUGCGACGUCUGCAACGCCCGUUUCCUCACAAAGUCUGACAUGAUGAUUCACCGCCGGGGUCACCAACCUACCAUAAUGCCUCAUCCUACCAUAAUGCCUCAUCCUACCAUAAUGCCCCAUCCUACCAUAAUUCCCCAACCUACUAUUCAUCGUAUUGACAUUUCCAUUCCAAUGCCGAGCAGGACCAUAAAUCCAAAUGAGAGCUCCAACUCGAGCGGCAGCAGCAGCCCCCUCCUCCUCCCGGAUGAAAAGCCUCACCAGUGCAACUUCUGCGAGAAACGCUUCCGAGAUAAGUCCAUUCUGGAAGCCCAUCAAAGGAUCCAUACCGGAAAGUUGGCCUAUCCCUGCCCGCUGUGCGAAGAGAGCUUCUCCAAGCCAGCUCUGCUGGCGGCUCACAGCAACAUCCAUCGAGAAGGGAAACCUUACCACUGUGAUCAGUGCGAGAAGAAGUUCAAUGACCAGACUCUUCUUGUUGCCCACAAGAGAACCCACACCGGGGAGAAGCCUCAGAAGUGCAACCAUUGCAACAAAUGGUUCCCCAACCGUAGCAGCCUGGAAGCUCACGGAGAGUGCCACCUUAAACCCAAGCCCUACAAGUGCCGGCACUGCGAGAAGAGCUUCAACGACAAGUCCUUGCUCAUCACCCACGAGGGAGUGCACACAGACACUAAGCCCUUCAAGUGCACCCAGUGCAACGAGAGCUUCUUCCUGAAAACCCAACUGGUGACCCACCAGGCCACUCAUGCCCCCGACAAGCCGUUCCCAUGCAGCCAGUGCGAGAGGAGCUUCAACAAAGAGGAGACACUGCUUGCACACAUCCGGGUGCACAACAUGCAAAAUGCUGAAAGGCCAAAACCCUUCAAUUGAUCGCUUUAACACUCACUUUUUAUUAUCUCCGAGUCGACUCCCUGUAACUCUUCCAGCAAGCCUUCUGACGGUCUUCAUUGGCAAUAUCCAAAAACUUUGUAAGUCCAACAUGUCCUUCUGACGAAAGGACGUCAAACGCAUUGAAUGUUGUGAAUCUAGUCACUCAUGUAUAUAGUCACAAGAGAUAACGUCGGCAGGGAGGAUCUUGUGGGACACAGUGGGGGGGGUCUUGGACUUAGCUGCAUGCCAAGUGGUGAACAUACCGGACUUCCCCCUGUUGUAGAUAGUAGUAGAAUAUUGGGGUGGGGAGGGGGUUACUUCUCUGGAAACAAGUCAGGAAGCAAAAACCUGAAACUUCUGGGGAAGGAAAGAAUUGGACAAUAACCAAGUGCUUAUGAAAUGUUCUCUAUGGCCUAAAGUAUGGAUUCGCAUUGGGUGAAGGAGCAGCAUGAACUUGUGAUACUAAUAUUUCUACAACCCGAAAUCGUAUUCACCGACACUAUAAGCUCGUCCUUGAUCACUACCGCUGUUGCCUCCAUUUCUUCCUCCAUUCUGCAGCAGAGCUUUGAUGCCUGGAGCUGAUCGCCGCCCCCCACUGGAAUUUUACACUCAUAGCAGUUAGUUGUUCUCGUUACUUAAUAUUCUGGGGGUGGAAGCGAUUCCUUCCCAUUUUGUUUUUUUUAAAGGUUCAGGAAGAGGAAAUUUAAAUAAGUAAUUUGUCCGUACACAACGAGACAAAACGUUUGUUCUGUUAAAUCAUUUCAGCUUUUAAAGAAUCUCCAUUUUGAUCUGUAUUCUGUAUAAAACAUUCUGCAAAAAAGUAUAAAACACUGCUGGGUAUGUGUUAUAGGCUACAAUAAAGUUGCUCUAGUUGUU